AUGGGGCCAGCACAAGUGAUGCAGCAGAGAGGCGGAGUUUGGGGCAGUGACGAGAGCGGGGCGGUGCUGGCUCUCCUUUCACCAGAAGGCAAGCCGAUGACGCAGGCAUAUGUGACCAAAACAAACAUGGCAACUUCCACUGCCACUUCUGGAAACUUGGACCCGGUCCAGUCCGACAUUCCCACACCGUCACAGACGGCUACGGUGCAGCCCACCACCCAUACACAGGCAGCCCAUUGCCCCCUGCCAGAAUCUGACUCAGACGGAGAGAGUUCUGAGCCCGAUGUUCGUCGUGCACCACAGCUGCAAGAAAAAGGCCAGAGCACGGAGCAAGGCCUCCAGCAGGUGGACGCCUUGGUGGCCCGGUACCGUCAUGGCUGCCUCUGGUGGGGGCUUCCCUGGCUGCCUGUCCUGCGCCUCUUCCACCCCAGCACCCUCCGGCCACUCCUCAGAGCCUCAGCUUUUGUGGUCCCCAAGGACAAAAUUUUCUACGGCUUCCUGAAGGCCUGGCUGGAGGAGGGGCUGCUGCUGAGCGGCAGGCAGCGCUGGGCGCGGCACCGGCGGCUCCUGACGCCCGCCUUCCACCGGGACGUGCUCCGGAAUUACCUGGGAAUCUUCAACCAGAGCACCCGCGUGCUGCUCGCCAAGUGCGAGGCAGCAGCAGCAGCAGCUGGCGGGGGGCCGGUGGAGUUGGAGGUGCUGCAGCCCCUGAGCCUCCUCACCCUGGACACGCUCCAGAAGUGCAUCUUCAGCCACAAGAGCCACUGCCAGGAGCGACCCAGCGAGUACCUCCAGGCCAUCCUGGAGCUGAGCUCGUUGGUGGUCCGGCACCAGCUCCGGCCACUCCUCCACCCGUGGUGGCUCUACAGCCUCUCCUCUGACAGCCGGCGCUUCGCCCGCGCCUGCGCCAUCGUCCACGCCUUCACCGCCGACGUGGUGCAGCGCCAGUGCCACGCACUCGCCUCCCUGGGCCACCAGGCCUGGCUGGAUGGCCACCUGGGACACAGCAUGGACUUCAUCGACCUCCUGCUGCUCACCAAGGACGAGAACGGCCACACCCUGUCAGAUGAGGACAUAGCAGCUGAGGCUGACACCUUCAUGUUUGAGGGCCACGACACCACGGCCAGUGGCCUGGCAUGGCUCUUCUACAACCUGGCCAGCCACCCUGAGCACCAGGAGAGGUGCUGCCAGGAGGUCCAGCAGCUCCUGGCUGGCAAGGACACUGCAGACAUUGAAUGGUGAGAUGGAGGACUGUCCCAGCUGCCCUUCACCACCAUGUGCAUCAAGGAGAGCCUUCGGCUGCACCCUCCUGUCACUGCUGUGUCCCGGCACUGCACCGAGGACAUCCCCCUGUGUGAUGGCCGUGUCAUCCCCAAGGGGGUCAUCUGCCUGAUGAGCAUCUACGGGACCCACCACAACCCAGACCUCUGGCCCAAGCCCAAGGUGUUCAACCCCCUGAGGUUCAGCCCAGAGAACAGCAAGGGACAGUCCCCAUCAUCCUUCAUCCCCUUCUCUGCUGAGCCCAGGAACUGCAUCGGGCAGAGCUUUGCCAUGGCUGAGAUGAAGGUGGUAGUGGCACUGACCCUGGCCCGGUUUGUGCUGCCGAGGGACGCAGCGAGGCCACCCCCGCGCCGCAAGCCCGAGCUGAUCCUGCGUGCCGAGGACGGGAUCUGGCUGCUGCUGGAGCCACUGGCUCGGGGGGCCCGGACCCCCCUCAUCUCCAGCCUCCACCACCCCUCCACAAACACUCCACUCUGCAAUCUCCCUCGUGUGCGCAGCCCUCGUGUGCGCAGCCCUCGUGUGCGCAGCCCUCGUGUGCGCAGCCCUCGUGUGCGCAGCCCUCGUGUGCGCAGCCCUCGUGUGCGCAGCCCUCGUGUGCGCAGCCCUCGAGCGCCCCUUUAA